AGGACUUUCCCUAGGCGAUGACGUCAUUUCCAGUCACGUGACGGACGCGUCCCUUUCUCGGCCUCCGCGAGUUACCGGCGCACAGUUGUGUCUGUCUGCGUUGUUGGCUGUUUUGUUUGUACGGACAUUUUAUGCGUGUCUUGGAAACAGUGGUGCGAGGCAGUUCCUCGGUAGCUGGCCCACGCACUGAAAACAGGCCGCAUGUGCGUUUUGUGCGACGGAUCGCCCGAGAACGGGAUGAUCGCGGAAUCCGAACUCAUGGUGCAGCUGUCCCUGGGCAGUAGCCCGACCACGAGCAGUACGGCGGCGUCCGGAAUGGGAUCACCGGCGUCUUCUGCAGCUGCAGAUGCGUUUACCGCACCCAGCUCGUUGGCUGACAGCGGUGGCAGCCCCUCGGCCGACUCGGCAUCGCCGCCAAGCAAUGCAUCGACGACGAACGUCAGUACUCAGUGCCCAAUUUGCCACGAUACUUUCACCAUACCCAAGGUUCUUCACUGUCUCCACACAUUCUGCCAACCUUGCCUAGAGAAGGAGCAGGAGAAUGCAGACAAAGUGCGCUGUGUGCAGUGUGGCCAAGACACACCCCUGGGUGCACAGGGCGCUGCGGGUCUUCCCUCGGACUACGCAGUGGCCAAUGUCCUGGAGGCUGCUGCCUUGGAAGGUGCAUCUCUCAGCUGUACAGGUUGCAAGAGCAAGGAGUCAAGCGCAGUGGCACGCUGCUUCGAUUGUGCAAACUUCCUCUGCCCCAACUGUGUGAUGGCCCACCAGUUCAUGCACUGUUUCGAGGGCCACCGUGUGCUCACUCUGGGAGAACUACAGAACCGUGAUGGGGGGGGAAUACGGGACAAGCCCGUGGCAUGUCCCCGCCACAGGGGCGAGGCCCUGCGCUACUUCUGUCGAUCGUGCAGCGUACCCGCCUGCAAGGAGUGCACAUUGCUCGACCAUCCGAAAGCCCUCCACGAGCUGGAGGCACUGGGAGACGCGGCUCCCAGGCAAGCGGAAGCACUGGGUCGACUUCUGGAGGAGGGACGCGUCCGCUCCCAUGACCUGCGGGCCGCCCUGCAGACGCUAGAGCAGGUGUCCGGAAGACUGCAGGCACACUACCAUCGCGCGCAGGGAGAAGUGGCAGACACUUUCCAGUUCUACCGAUCUAUGUUAGAGGAACGGCGACAGGAGACGUUGCGUGAGCUUGAGAACGUCUACAAUGCCAAGAUGGUGUCAUUGGGGCUGCUAGGACAGAAGGUGCAAGAGACAAUUGAUCGGCUACAGCAGGCGUGCACUUUCAUGGAGCGUCUGACGCGUUACUCAACCAGUACAGAGGCCCUCGUCUUUAAGCAGCUACUGGAUGCCAAGCUCCAAGCAUUCCUUACAUUUCGCCCAGAGUCCAGCCUACACAACAUGGAUCUCGAGUUUGUUUCAAACUAUCAAGCUAUUCAGGUUGGGGUACGCAAUACGUUUGGCUACAUCCGCCAGGGGGCGUCAGACACGGUUCCGAGACCGGCUCCCAUUGCCCGCCCCAACGGCAUCGUCCACCAGAACGGACACCAUCCAUUUGAGUCAAGUGCCCUCUCUAAGCGUUUGGGCUCCGCCCACAGCCUCGGUCCUUUUACCACUGCCACUCCAGCAGCUGCUGAUCCACCUGGAUAUGAGAAGUGGUCCAGCGGAGGAGGAGACGUCUUUCAGAAUGGCAGUGACACUGGGGACACCCUGACCGAGCUCGCGUGCCGGUACGGAAGCAGCCCAACGGUGACGACGCCUCUUCCGUACCCCCUCAAGUCCCAGAUCAAGCGCCAGAAGAUGAUCUAUCACUGUAAAUUUGGCGAGUUUGGGGUCAUGGAAGGUCAGUUCACCGAGCCCUCGGGAGUGGCGGUGAACGCCCAAAACGACAUCGUGGUUGCGGACACCAACAAUCACCGCAUCCAGAUCUUUGACCGGGAGGGUCGCUUCAAAUUCCAGUUUGGUGAGUGUGGGAAGCGGGACGGCCAGCUCCUCUACCCCAACAGGGUCGCCGUCGUGCGCAGCUCCGGCGACAUAGUGGUGACGGAGCGCUCGCCCACCCACCAGAUCCAGAUCUACAACCAGUACGGUCAGUUUGUGCGCAAGUUUGGAGCAGUGAUCCUGCAGCACCCACGUGGUGUCGCCGUGGACCCAAAGGGUCGCGUGGUGGUGGUGGAGUGCAAGGUGAUGCGCGUGAUAAUCUUCGACCAGGCGGGCAACGUCCUCCACAAGUUUGGCUGCUCCAAACACCUCGAGUUCCCCAACGGAGUGGUGGUCAAUGACCGGCAGGAGAUCUUCAUCUCUGACAACCGUGCACACUGUGUCAAAGUGUUCAACUACGAGGGGCUUUUCCUGCGACAGAUCGGGGGCGAGGGGCUCACCAAUUACCCCAUUGGCGUGUGCAUGAACCAGAGCGGGGAGAUCCUGGUGGCGGACAACCACAACAACUUCAACGUCACAGUCUUCACCCAGGAGGGCCAACUGGUGAACGCCCUCGAGUCCAAGGUGAAGCAUGCCCAGUGUUUUGACGUGGCACUCAUGGACGACGGUUCCGUUGUGCUUGCCAGCAAGGACUAUCGCCUCUACGUCUACCGCUACGUGCAGCUGCCGCCUGGUCCGCCACUCUGAUCUCCUCCCAGUUCUUUUUUUUUUUUUUUUACUUGGUCUACUUAAGUUAUUCACCUGCCCAUGUUGCUGGUUUUUUAAUAUACCUAUUUAUACACAUUAUUACGCCUGUGGCUCGUUGUUUCCGGAGCCAGACGAUAUAAUAUGGUUUGUGUUGUGCAGCUGCCUGUAGGGAGGAUCGCUUCUUCGCAAAAAGCGCAGGAUUCUGUAGGAGUCUUACAAAUGGAACUCUUAGAACCAAUCGUGGCUCAUUAACUGGCUUAUAAACACUCAACUUGUCUGGAUCCGAGCGUCUUGGGGAGCGCUGGCAUUGGCUGUGCUGUUUUUGACCAAUGACUAAGCUGUUCAAGGUCUGUUCACCCCCCCCAGGAAAGAGGCUGAAUAUCUUGAGGAUGAUAAAGCUUUGUUCCUGUCGCGCGUAAAUGUUAGCGCAAAAUCGUCCACAAGUCCACGUUUUCGGCUGUCCGGGUAUCGGCCUGGACCUGACCAAUCCUGUCAGACUUUGCGAAGGGGCGUGUCCCUCCCUCUCAUUCUGUGGUCCUAGUCACAGGUUUUUGUCACCACUCGGGAGUUUUUCAAUGCCAAAGAGAGAAAGGGUCCAAUUUUUCCGUGCCCGGGCCCAAGUUGUCUUCUUUUUAUUGAAAAAAAAAAAAGAGAAAGAGUGGCGUUGCUCCUUUUUUAAAGAGUCUGUGUGCGUGUGUAUGUAUGCAGUUGUGAUGCCAGAUGUUUGUUGGCAGAAAGUGUUUUUACUGCUUGGUAUUUAUAUAUACAUAAAAACAAAAAAUGAAAACUCAUCAUGGAUGGUUUGGCCGUGUACCCACUGGAUGGAGCUUUUCCGAGGUGGCGACCCCUCGAUACCCCUUUUGUAUGUGUGUCACUGUUAAGUUUCUUUUUCUGAGGUGUUUUUAAGGUAUUUUUAAGUAGACUUUGUAUACAGCUAGUCAAUACCGUUUUUGUCGUCCGAGCUGGCGACCCCGCUGGCGCGGUCCCGCCUCUCCAUUAUAUACUCCCCCACUCCCUCCCCUUAUUUAUGGUUUUGAGUUGUGUUUUUAGAGGUUUUAAAUAAUUUUUCUUUGUUUACAAGAAGAACGGUUAGAUGUUUUAGCAUUGUUCCUUUGGGUUUUAUAAUUUGUCUCUGGGGGUCUCUGUUGUGGUAUUUAUGAAAGUGAAUGGGAAUUUUUUGUAUUGUUUUGACCCUUUGUUUGUGGAGGCAGCUCUGACAAGUGUGGAAAAUAAAAGACAUUUUUGUUGUUUGGGAAAA